CCGGCGGUGGCUGCGCGCGGCUCUCGGCGCCGCCAUUUUGUGGGAGGGAGCAGGCCGAGGGCAGAGUGCGGCGGCUGGACGGCGGCGGCGGAGGACAAGCAGCCAUGGCUGGCCAUGACUCAGGUUCUGAGCACCAGUUCACUGGAUUUCAGAAGUACUUCAAUUCCUACACUAUCACAGGCAGGAGGAAUUAUGUAUUAGCAACAUAUGCAAGUGUUGCAAUGCUCAUCUUGUAUUUCAAGUUUAGACCUAAAAAGCAAGCUCCUGCUGUGGCAGAUAAGUAAAUGGUUGCUGGCAUGUCUGAACCUUCAGUCUGUGUUAACAUAAUGCAAGAUGGUGACCAGUGGUGGCUAAUAAAAUAAAUAAUUGUUUUAUUGGAAAUACAAAAUGGUGGGAAAAGAA